AUGAAAGACCUCAGCCUUCGAGCACUCCAAGACGUCAAACACGCAGCCCGCACAGUCUUCACACGACAGCAAUACGCCCAGGUGGAGUCCAAAAACUCCUUCACGGGGCAGCGGAGGCCACCCAACCACUCGCUACUCGCACGCACAAUCCCCUGGAUCCUCCACUUGAUUCUGUUGUUCACCGCGUUUGGCUUCCUCACAUGGAGAUAUCAAACCGUUGCCACAGAUAAGAUCUGUACCUCGCGUCUCUCGCCAUACUCUCCAGUUAUCGACGCCGGAGUCAUCCGGUAUAAAUCCCACGACGUGGCUGGUGACUUUGCCCAGGACUCAAUCUACCGAGGACGGCCAACAAACAGGACCGAAGCGGCAUGGGAGUCGAUAUUUGCCUCGCCGGGGAUCAACAUCCCACACGAUAAGCUCCCGCUAUUGGGCAAAUCUCCCGAUGUAACUUGGAUGCGAACCCCCAAGGACAAGGGCGACGGAUACGUGGGUUUCCUCGAGGUGUUUCACCAACUGCAUUGUCUCAACAUGGUACGGCUAAGUAUUCACCAGAAGGAGUAUGAAGAGGAAUUCGGAUACCCGCCUGACCAGUUUGACCCGGAGCAUGCUGCUGUCACGGCUACUCAUGUUGAUCAUUGUCUUGAGACUCUGCGGUUGAACCUGAUGUGCACUGGAGAUGUCACGCCCUUGAUGAUUGAGGUGGAUGAUACGACGUAUAAUGGCCGUCGGGCGGAUUUCAAGAUCAUGCACAAGUGUCGGAAUUUCUGGGAUAUUAAGGCGUGGGUGGAGAUGAAUAAGGUGGUGGAUUGA